UCACAGUUUCCUUGCUUUCAUACAGCAUACCAAGUUCGCGAUCGCGCAACUAGGCAGUUUGCCUUUCCUGAGAAACGACAAUGGACCGAAAAAAGAUUGUCCACCGUUUGGACACUCCCUUUUCCGCUGUUGAAUGGCCCCAAAUCAGCCAAGAGGAUCAGGACGCCAUCCUUGAACUCCUUUGUCACCUCCUGUCUCCUCUAGGCCAAUACCGAAGAACCUUCGUAACCCCAUCCAAGGGCAAGCGGAAGCGGAAGCUGACCGAACAACAAGGAGAUGCCAAAACUCCUCAAGUGCCUCCCGCUCCAGAGCUAGCUGCCUAUGUUGAUGUCGGCUUUUCAACUAUUUCCCGAAAUUUGCAGGAUCUGUCAGCUGUCGCUAUCAGUGAGGAGACGGAGGAAGCCAAAGGUGGCGAGCAUGACGAGAAAGUGUCAAGUGGUAGCAAGAAGGCUCCAUACAGCAUCAUCUUUGUGGCUCGCUCAGGCCAGUCCUCAGCGUUCAACUGUCAUUUCCCUCAAAUGGUCGCGGUGGCCUCCAAGUCUCAGUCAAAGGAGGAGAAGAUUAGGCUGGUUGGAUUUUCCAAGUCCUGCGAGGAAAGGCUAGCAACAGCUCUGGGUAUUCCGAGGGUGUCGAGCGUUGCUUUGAGAGCGGACGCGCCGCAGGCGAAGGGCCUCGUGGACUUUGUGAGGGAACAUGUGGCUCCCAUUGAGGUAGCCUGGCUUCAGGAGGCCGGUUCGGGAAAGUUCUUGGAGACCAAUAUUGAGGCGGUUCCAACCAAGAUCGGAAGCAAGAAGACGAAGAGCUCCUAGUGGUGGGAGGCAGCACAAACAGAAACUUGUUGAAGUCCGACCGGCAUGGUUUCGGGGAGACAUUUCUCUGGAUACGUUGCUGGUUAGACUCACUCUUACGAUGCUCUGUCUGGAUUUUCCCGGUAAAAACCCUCAUACCGCUUAGAUGACUCGACAAUGGCCAGGCAGCCUUGAUACAUCUGGCUUCCCAAAUACUCA